AUUGUACUUGCUCUUCCAGGACCUUGACGCAUCGUUUCAUUCAGCCAUUGAACUGGGAAGAGCAGGCUCUGUGCUCAUGGUUUAACUGCGACCUGCGUGGGGCUUUUACAGGUAAAAUGACGCCGUUUUGGUUAUUUUAGAGGUCGUCUCACAGCACACGGUGAAACUUUUCGGUCGGCCGGUGUCGUCGUUGAGGAGCAAGGACCCCAAUGUCUGUAGCAGCCGCUGGGGGAGGAGGUUCUCCCUGCUUGGGCGCAGCGGCGGCGGCCAGUUGCAGCUCCGCCGGCUUGUCCUACGCUACACCGGCGGGCGGAGGCGCAGGGGUGGCCGGGAGGUUGCCAGCCCGAGUGCUGGAGCAUAUUUUCUCCUAUCUAGAGCUGUUUGACCUGAUGCGUUGCUCGUUGGUCUGCUGGCACUGGAACAACAUUCUGGCGGAUGAGAACAGCGAGGUGUGGCGCAGCCUCAGCUCUCGGACGCUAAGCGAUGAAGCCCUGCGGUCUGAUAUCCUGUGCAACCUGCCCACAUAUAAGGGGAAGCUUAAGGCUUUCCAACACGCCCUGAGCUCCCAUGACUGCUCCCGCAAUGUUUACGUGAAGAAGAACGGCUUCACCCUGCACCGCAACCCCAUAGCCCAGAGUACGGACGGCGCGCGGGCCAAAAUCGGCUUCACAGAAGGCCGGCAUGCCUGGGAGAUCUGGUGGGAAGGGCCCCUGGGCACCGUGGCCGUGAUAGGCAUCGCCACAAAGCGGGCGGCGAUGCAGUGCCAGGGCUACGUGGCCCUGCUGGGCAGCGACGACCAGAGCUGGGGCUGGAACUUGGUCGACAAUAACCUACUUCACAACGGGGAGGUCAACGGAAACUUCCCGCAGUGCAACAACGCGCCCAAAUACCAGAUCGGGGAGCGAAUACGAGUAAUUCUAGACAUGGACGACAAGACGUUAGCCUUCGAGAGGGGCUUCGAGUUCCUUGGCGUUGCUUUCCGCGGACUUCCAAAAGUCUGCCUGUUCCCGGCCGUCUCCGCCGUGUACGGCAACACUGAAGUCACAAUGGUUUAUCUGGGAAAACCUCUGGACGGCUAGACGCACAUUAACCCCGUUUUCGUAUUAAACACAAACUUCCGACAGGAGCAGAACCUCCUCUGCCCCAUUUUUUUUUGUCAACAGACUGCUACCACUUUCUGUCAUGAAGUUCGAAUGUGGCUGAGAAAAACAGACUUUGGAGUUAAGGUCUGGCUCUUUCACCGCAGCUCAACAAGAACGCGCGGGAGGGCGCGCACACCACGUGGAAACGGAAAACCGUACGGACUGUCAUAAACAUGUUUCUGUACCGACGUGGAACGACUCCACUUUUACAGUUUGGCUGCUGGACUGUUUUGAUCACAGGACAGUAGAGCAUCGUUUUAUUCCCUAUAUUUCAGACGAAUAAUGCUACACAAUUAUGUAAGACGUCAUUUCUGCUUCAAUGAGGCCAGAACUACUCUCAACUGUGGCAUAUACUUUAGCAUUUUAAGUGAAAGAGUACUCAUUAAAGCAAACUGUUUGGUGUGUGUUAGUUAAAACGGCCCUCUGCGGGUCAGCCAAAGUCAUCUCUUCUGUCCAAAAUCGGACUGCAGUGAAUUGAAACCGAAUCCUCGUUGACUUGUUGGUACACUUUGAUCAAAUUCAAAAACGGACGACCAGCUGUCAAGUGCAUGAAUUGCAGACAUAAUUAUUUCAUAAACGGUGCAAACUUUGCCUGUGUCAUGACAAUAUGUGUCCUUUUUAAUGUGCUACUGUAGUAUUACAUGUUAUUUAUUUUGUGAUUUUAUCUCUGGUACUAUAGACACUGUAUGGUUGUAUGGCCUGAAAAUAAAGUCCUCACGGUGCCACAAUAACAACAAAGAUUUCUGUGUUUAUUUUUUAGACAUAUUAUC